UUCAAGGACUGGCAGCGUCUGGCAGUAUGGGAGAAGCUCUGGGCUCGCGGGUUCGCGUCUGUCCCUUCCUGGCCGCGGAGUCGUGGAGAGGUUGCAGCCUGGCGAUCUCUCCACGCGUUACAGAUACAGUCAGUUGUACCCACAUCUCCGACCUCGGAAAUCUCGCUGCUGUGUGUGCACGAUGGGCCGCCUGGCGGCCAGAGCGUUCACCCCCCCCCCCCCGCGCGGAUUUACCCGUGAGAAGGGCGGCUUUCAGAGCAGGCUUGCUCCAGGGCGCUCGCUGGUCGCUCUCAGGCCACGACGGGCACUGCUUCUCGCCCGUUGAGCUAAGCGCCUGUCACUGUCUAUCCCUUGGCAAGAGGAAACAACCCUCACAGGGCAAGGGGGCGGAGACGCCCAUGUUUUCUGACUCUUCUGGGGCGCCGUAGGGGGCGCCCAGUGCGUCCCUAGUAACCGUUCGCGCGGGCUCCGGGGUUUGGGCUCUCCGAGUCCCACCCAUAGACACUCGUGGUUGGUCCACAUUACCUGUCAAUCGUCACGACUUGCUCUGUGAUUGGUCCAUGGGCUAGAAGCGCGAGUCCCCUCCACCGUGCGAAGUGAUCCUGGCACUGUGACCCUCAACAGAUCCAGGUUGGGCACCGGCACUCCAGAGCGGUAGCUGUGGUCUGCAGCCAGGGACGGCUGGCGACCCUGCAUACCCGGCAGAGGGUCCUGCAGCCAGCCUCCUGGCCCGAGGAGGUCCCUCUACCUCAUUGCCGGCCCCAGGUUGUGGCCUGCGGUUCAGUGGAGGCUGCCUGCCAUUUGCCCAGCGCUCAGUCUUCUCUCCUAGAUUUAACUGUGCGUAGUUGUCGAUCUCUUCAUUGUCAUCGCAUUAAAAAGUAAGAGGGGAGAGAGCCCACGACCUGUGCGCCGCUGCAGUAGGUCCGAGAAGAGUGAGGACUCACCAUCCAGCCCACCUGCUCCUCAUGGAAGACCCAAGUCCCCCAGAUGUAAAUGAGAAUGGCAGGUGCCAGUCUGGCAGUGUCUCUGUGCCUUCUCCUGCCGAGGGACCAUCCACACAGGCUGCUUCUGAGCCCAGCAAGCCGCUCUCGACUCGAAGACACCUGAGCAGGAAGGAUGGGCUCUCCAAGCUCUGCCAGAGCAGGAUAGCACUCUCAGAAGACAGAUGGAGCUCCUACUGCCUCUCUUCCCUGGUUGCCCAGAACAUCUGCACUGGCAGAGUGCGCUGCCCCACAGCGCCUGAGCAUGUGGACCCAGCUGCACCCCUGGGCAGUGCCUCCUGCUGCUCCCUGCUGCGUGGCUUGUCUUCGGGAUGCUCUAUGCCUCUUCUUCCGGGUCCUGUGUACAACCCCAACAAGGCCAUCUUCACUGUGGAUGCCAAGACCACAGAGAUCCUGGUGGCCAAUGACAAAGCCUGUGGGCUCCUGGGGUACAGCAGCCACGACCUGAUUGGCCAGAAGCUGGUGCAGUUCUUUGUUCAGCCGGACUCCGAGGUGGCAGAAGCCCUCAGUGAGGAGCAUGUGGAGGCUGAUGGCCACGCUGCAGUGGUGUUCGGCACAGUGGCGGACAUCGUCAGCCGCAGUGGGGACAAGAUUCCUGUCUCUGUGUGGAUGAAGAGGGUGCGGCAGGAGCGCGGCCUGUGCUGUGUGGUGGUCCUGGAGCCUGUGGAGAGGAUCUCUGCGUGGGUUGCCUUCCAGGGUGAGGGAACUAUCACAUCCUGCGAUGAUCUCUUUGCUCACCUUCAUGGGUUCUCGUCUGGGGAGGAUGUGGUUGGGCAGCACAUCACAGACCUGAUCCCGUCCCUGCGACUCCCUUCUCCUGGCCAGCCUGUCCCAGAGAAUCUGAAGAUUCAGAGGUCUGUUGGGAGAGCCAAAGAUGGCACCACCUUCCCUCUGAGCCUGAAGCUGAAGCCCAAGCAGGAUGGGGAGGCGGCGGAGGGUGAGGCAGUGCCCGAGCAGGGCUACUGGGCAUCCGUGUGGGUUUUCUGCACCAUCAGCGGCCUCAUCACGCUUCUGCCUGACGGCACCAUCUACGGCAUCAAUCACAACUUUGCCCUGAUGUUGUUCGGCUAUGGAAAAACCGAGCUCUUAGGCAAGAAAAUUACUUUCCUGAUUCCUGGCUUCUACCAUUACAUGGACAUCACCUAUGACAGCUCUUCACAAUAUCCUAGUAGCUGUCUAGACUUCAGCAGUGAGAAUGGACAUGGGGAGAUGACCUUGGACACCUCCCAGGAUCCAAAGUUUGAUUCAGUGCUUGCUGGUCAUUGUGUGCUGCCACCAGACAUAAUGCAGAAGCCAGUGGGAAGCCAAGGAAUUGCUGGUGGGAUGCAGACGCAGCUAGAAACUGGAUGCCAGCUCCCAGCCACCUGCUCCCCAGGGUCCUCUCCAGGGGAGGAUAGUGUCCUGGACGGGUACCCACUGGCCCAGGACAAACGAUCACUACCUACAAACCAGCAGAGUACUCCAGAGGAGCAUGUGCUGGCCCAUGAGAAACAGUCCCCAUCUGAGAACCAGCAGGAUGUCUCAGAGGAAAGCCCACCUACCCACGAAGAAUGGCUGUUGCGCAAGGACCCUCAGGACAGCCAAGACGGAAGCCCUCCAGCCCUCAGUGUGAGGACACUGCCCAGGGACCAGCAGGACACUGCUUUGGGGAGUGUGGGGCCUGUAGUAGCACAGAGCUCCCCACAGGAUCUUUUGGGAGAAAGCGGGUCAGAACCGGCGGACACAAAACCAUUUGUUUCCUGUGAAGAACCCAACCCUCCAGUCCCACCUGAGGACAAGUGCAGCAAUGUUGGAAUGGGGAGCCUCCAUCAGGAGGCUCAGUGGGCACUGACAGCUGCCAGCAGGCCUGAGCCCCAUGCUGCAGGGCAGCCAGCAGGAGGGGACCUCCUGACCUACUGCCCCGCUUAUAGGAGCGAGUGGCUCCCCUGGCCGCCAGGCCACUCAGGGGUGGCCUGUGUCUCUUUUGGGACACCCACCCUGGAUGAGCCAUGGCCAGGAAGGAGAGCCAGCCAUGAAGAGCUGCAGGUGUGCUUGGUUAAGGAGCAGCUGUCCAGGUUGAGCUUUGAGGGUGUCUCCCGCCUGGAGUCUGUUCCCACAGAGCACCAUCCCUAUACUGCCUCCCUGUCUAGCAGCCUGGAGGGAAGAGACCUUUGUGGCAGCCACCUGGGCAGCUCCUCUGCCUGCUAUGCCUUGGCCACCGACCUCCCUGAUGCCCUGGAGUUGGUGGAAGCCCGGGAGGCUGCCAUGAACUCUUACUCCUGGAACCUUAGGGAGCUCCUUCUCAGUGACGACACCGAUGGAACUUCCUCCAAUUGUUCCUAUACCACAUCUGAACCUGGGGGCUCACCUUCUCCUUCGGCGGUGAGCUCUGAUUUCAAUGUGCACACACUGCACAAGCAGAGGCCAGGUGCUUUUGGUGACCGAGAGCGGUUACUACUGACAGGCACCUAUUUCAAUCUUGGGGAGGGCCAAGGGUCCCAGGAGAGCAACCUGGAACAUGAUUCAACAGAACUGCCUGUGAUGGACUUGGCCUCUGAACGUUACAAAAUGAGUAACUCACAAAGCUCAGAACUUCCUGCUAUGGAUGCCAGCCAGGAGGAUGCACGGGCCUCUGCAGAGGACCCAAAGCUGAGUGCCUGGGUCACCUCUACUCCUGUGAAACCUGGGGCUGCCAGCCUGUGUCGGGAGAUCCAGGAGGGCACCUACUCAGGGUACUGCUACCACCGAGAUGGCUUGUGGCUGAGCAUAUGCUUUGAGGUGAAGCUGGUGGAACUCCAGGGCCCUGUGAGCCUGUUCUGCUGCUGGCUGGUAAAGGAUCUACUGCAUAGCCACCGCAGCUCUGCCACCAGGACCCGCCUGCUGCUCGCCAGCCUGCCCAGCUCCACCCACUCCAUGCCCGAUCCCUCAGGACGUGGUCUCGGGGAGGUGCUCAGAACCAAGCCCUGGGCUGAGGAGGCUCCCACACCUAUGGAGCUAGAGGGACUGGCGGCCUGUGAGGGCGAGUACUCACGCAAGUAUAUCACCCUGCGUCCACUCGGCAGCGGGGCCUUCGGCUUUGUGUGGAUCGCCAUGGACAAGGAGCAGAACAAGGAGGUGGUAGUGAAGUUUAUUAAGAAGGAGAAAGUUUUGGAGGAUUGUUGGAUUGAGGACACCAAACUUGGAAAAGUCACUUUAGAAAUUGCAAUUCUGUCCCACGUGGAGCAUCCCAACAUCAUCAAGGUAGUGGAUGUGUUUGAAAACCAAGGGUUCUUCCAGCUGGUGAUGGAGAAGCAUGGCUCCGGCCUGGACCUCUUUGCUUUCAUUGACCAGCACCCCAGCCUGGAUGAGCCCCUGGCCAGCCACAUCUUCCGGCAGCUGUUGUCAGCAGUGGGGUACCUGCGCUCAAAAGGCAUCAUUCACCGGGACAUCAAGGACGAGAACAUUGUGAUUGCUGAGGACUUCACUAUCAAGCUGAUCGACUUCGGCUCAGCUGCUUACUUGGAAAGGGGCAAAUUGUUUUACACGUUCUGUGGGACAAUCGAGUACUGUGCCCCUGAAGUUCUCAUGGGGAAUCCCUACAGGGGACCAGAGCUGGAGAUGUGGUCCCUGGGUGUCACACUGUACACGCUGAUCUUCGAGGAGAACCCCUUUUGUGAGGUGGAGGAGACCAUGGAAGCCACCAUCCACCCCCCGUACCUGGUGUCCCAAGAACUCAUGAGCCUCUUGUCUGGGCUGUUGCAUCCUGACCCCAGACAGCGCACCACUUUGGAAAAGCUGGUGACAGACCCAUGGGUGACGCAGCCUGUGAACCUUGCUCAGUAUACCUGGGAGGAGGUGUGUAGGAUCAGCAAGCCAGAGAGUGGCCUACUGUCCACUGCCAGUCUGCAGCACAGGACAGGCAGCAGAAGCCUGAGUGAAGCAGGCUCGGAGUUCCAGGCACACCCUGCCCCUGAAGAGGCUCCCAGCAGCCAGCACUGCUUGGGUCCUGAGGACCCCUCUCCACUGGCCAGCUGAACUCUGGCUUCUGGAAGCUCAUCUCCACUUACUCUGGAAAACCCUUCCACUUGGAGAAAGUAAAUUGUCAAGAACUGGUCCAAUUCACUUUGUAUAAACUCAGGUGCAAGUUUGGUAAGGUGCUAGAGCAAAAGCCAGUGGUACUAUGUUUUUUUUUUUUUUUUUUUUUGAAGUUUAUAAAAUGGACUUGGAACUCAUGUUUUUUGUGAUCUUGAAAAGCAUUCUAGUAUAUAAUUACUUUAUAUACUAUAAAGUAUAUACUUUAUAGUAUACUAUAAAAAGGUUUCUGAUUUGUGUGCCUCUGAAAGGAAUAGUAUUUUAUUGUUUUUGUGUAUACACAUAGUUUUUAUGGUAGCCAAAUAACCCAUUUCAUUAAUUGAUUUCAUUAAAGUUUCCAAAUUAAAGCAGCUUUGUUAAUAUGGUUUUUGUUUGAUCAUUGAGCAGAACUGUUUGUAGUGUCACUUUUUGAAUGUCAUUCUAAAUACUUUAAUUUUGUAACCUGAACAGCUAUUUCUAAGAUGACAAUAUGUAACUUAUCAACCAGCGAUUUCUUACUGUUUGUUUUUCUGUAAUUUUGUAUUAUUUCUACCCUUUUUUAUCUCCAUGUAUUUUUUGUUUCAUUUUCUUUAAAAAAAAAAAAGGCAGAAGGGCAAGUGUUGUUAAUUUCGUAAGGUUUUGAAGUCCUGUAUCACUUAAACUGGUUUAUUUUGAUUGAUUUUAUUCUGUUUUAUUUUCCUCGGUUUUAUCCUCUUCAAAUAAUUUUUUUUAUAAAAAUUGGAAAAUCCGUUAAAAAAAAAAAAGCAGCUUUGUUAAUAAAGUUACCCAGCCUCGAA